AUGGGCGUUGUCAUUCAGACGACUGUUACAGUCACCGAGUUCAUACGCGAUUGCCGCGAAGCACGCGCAGACUUGAUAUCGGUGAAUCGGGGGCUUUCUGAUCUAAAAAUCGUUUUAGAACUGCUCAAAGCAGACACAGAAGACGAUGCUGGCAAUCCUCUGUUCUCGGAAUCAUUGCGCACGCAAAUCUUGACCGUGAUCGAGAACUGUGGUGAUGUGACGGCCAAAAUUGAGCAGGUGUUGGUCGAUAUGCGACGAAGGCGUGCAGGGCCUAUUAAAUGGGCCCUCGAAGGAAAGAAAGAGGUCGCCAGCUUGAAGAAUUCCCUUGAGGCUCACAGGGGAGAAUUACAUCUGGCACUAGAGAUGGUCAAUCUAUCGAUAUCGAAAGCCACCAAAGAGGACACUGGUGACACUAUACAAAUCUUGGACGAGAUUGCAAAGUUGGAGGAAAAGUUAUCUGCUACAGACCGCGACUUCGUUCUGCAGGGAUAUCUUGACUCACUUACAACUUACGCCGCCACAGUGUAUGACGACCUACCAGAUGAGAAUGCAGAUCGGUCAGAUUCGAACACAGAGCGUGGAGACAACAUCUCGUUUACAGAAAAGCAGACGGAACAUCUUGACUCCAUGAUGGGCAAAAACGUGUCUCCGCACGUGUACACAGCUGCAGUGCAAGGUGGUGGUAAUGUUGUCAAGCGCCGCCCUUUGCCAGCCAAAAUUGCACCACUGGUGUCCUCCUAUCAAUACCUCCCUCUUAGAGACCAAGUACAGCAUACUCUUAGCCAGCGGAGCCUUGACCAGAUCCAUUCUGAUAGAGGUCAGAAGUCUAACAGCCCGCUUUCCAUCGACCCUCAGUCAGACACUUCGGCAGAUACUGCAGUGGAUGGACCACCGACAAAAGUGGAGAAUGGUCGAGAGGCCAUUGCCAUCGUGGAUUCUCAGGUCAGCGGGCUUACCCAAGGCAAACUUGAUCCGGCCACAAGCUCUCAAGUCAUGCGUAAAAUCUCUCAAGGCAAUGUCAGCGGCAAAAGGAGUAGCAAAUCUGCUGAUUUGGGCAUGAUUGAUCUCAGGGUGACGGAUUUCUUGUCAAACAUCAACAUCCAAGUGCGCCACCUGACAUUCAUCCCUAGAAUCUUGGAUGAUAUCUACACUUUCGGAGUCUCCGAAAACGGCGAACAUGUGGCGACUCUGCAAACUGAUAGAAGAAUAUGCGUAUGGAACGCCAAAUUUGCUGGUGCAAACGCCUCUUCGUUUCAACGGAAACGUUCUGGCAUGACAAAGCCAAUUGGAGUCCAAGUCGUCUAUCGUAGUAACCGAAGCGAAAGGUGGCAUCAGUGA